AGAAACCCUAACAAGGAUGUCUGGUUACGGUCACGAAGGAGAUGGAUCUGCUCCACCGCCCGUUGGUGGAGGCUAUGGUGGAGCUGGUGGAGGAUACGGAGGUAGCGGUGGAGGUUACGGAGGUAGCGGUGGAGGUGGAGGAGGAUAUGGAGGCAGUGGCGGAGGAGGCGGAUAUGGAGGCGGCGGCCGUGGUGGAGGCGGAGGCGGAGGGUAUGGUAGUCGAGGUGGAACUGGUGGUAGAGAAGGAGGUGGUGGUGGAGGAUACGGUGGUAAUUCACAAAAUCGAGGUGGAGGUGGAUAUCAAGGAGGAGAUCGUGGGCGCGGAGGCGGUAGAGGUGGCGGACGUGGGAGUGGUAGAGACGGAGACUGGCCUUGCCCUAAUCCGGGCUGUGGCAAUUCAAACUUUUCUUGGAGAACUGAAUGCAACAAAUGCGGUACCCCCUCUCCUGCUGGCGCGGGUGCCGGUGGUGAUCGUGGUCGCAAUGAUGGUGGCAGUAACAAUAGAGGUGGGGGUGGACGCAGUGAUGGUGGUAGUUACAAUAGGGGUGGAGGUGGUGGGGGAUAUGGUGGAGAUAGAGGAGGUAGGGGUAGCUAUGAUGGUGGGAGUGGUGGAGGAAGUAGGGGUGGUGGUGGUUCCUAUGGAGGCAACCAAGGAAGAGAAGGUGGUGGUUAUGGUCAGGGUGCUGCAGCUGGGUAUGGGGGAUCUGAUAGUAGUUACCCGCAACCACCUACCUCAUAUGCGGCCAACCCUGCUUAUGGAACUGAUGCUGUCCCUCCACCUGCAAGCUACAAUGGUGGACCAACUUCAUAUCCACCAUCCUAUGGUGGUGGUGCUGGUUAUGGUGGUGAUUCUAUGCCUGAUAAUCGUGGUGGUGGAAGGGGUGGGCCAACUGGUGGAUAUACCAGUGCUCCACAGAAUCAAGGUGGUUAUGGUGGUUCUCCUGCUGAAGCACCCGCAAAGGUCAAGCAAUGUGAUGAAACAUGUGAUGAAUCCUGUGAUAAUGCGAGAAUCUACAUUUCAAAUUUGCCUCCAGAUGUGACUGUUGAUGAACUAAGAGAGCUAUUUGGAGGCAUUGGACAAGUUGGGAGAAUCAAGCAGAAGCGAGGCUAUAAGGAUCAGUGGCCCUAUAACAUCAAGAUUUACACUGAUGACCAAGGAAAUAACAAAGGAGAUGCUGCUUUGGUCUAUGAAGAUCCUUCUGCAGCACAUUCUGCUGGCGGCUUCUAUAACAAUUAUGAUAUGAGAGGUCACAAAAUUAGCGUUGGAAUGGCUGAGAAAUCUGCUCCAAGGGCUCCUCCGGCAUAUGGUCAAGGCGGUGGUGGUGGAAGAGGUGGCGGCGGCGGCUACGGUGGUGGAGGUGGUGAUAGACGCAGAGACAACUACAGAGAUGGUGGUCCAGAUAGGAAUUAUCAUGGUGGAAACCGUUCUCGUCCAUAUUGAUGAGGCAUUUAUUUAGUUAAACUGUGAACGAGAGAAGCCUUUAUUGUAGUCCAUUGCGGGAUUGUUCCCUUACCUGGAGAUUAAGAGGUAGGUUAUCCACUUGCCCCUUUUCUCUUCUGUUUUUUUGCUAUUAAAUAUUUUGCAAUGUGUUUUUUUAAGUCUAAAAUUGUGUCAAUGUUUUUAUAGAGGCCAGUGCCAAGUGGAUAUAUGUACUCCAAAUGCUUCUAUAAGGUAGGUUGAGAUUUUCAGGUGAGUGUUGCUUUUGAAUAACCAAAUGCUAGAUAGAUAUGUUUAGAUAUACAAGCUUGAUGAUGCAUUUGAAUGCUUGUUAACUUCAGACAUGCAUCCUUAUCCUGAUCAUCAAUCAUAAGAGUAGGUAAAAGUACAGUUUGUCAAAGAACUCGAUCUGUUUCAUCUUCUUUCAUUGUAAAAUGUUUCCCUUUUGGCUUUUGGGACUGAACU